UGUAAUACUUCCAAACUCAUAGGUUUAUCGAUUGUUUUUAAAUUCAGACGUUCAAAACAUACCACCAAAUUAGUGAUAAUGUUUUUGUUAUAAUAAUUUUUUUAAUUUUUUUAUUGGCAUGUCUAAAUUGGUGUAACCAUAAGUGCGUGUGUGUUUUUAUUUGUUUUUAUUGUAUUGCUCUGACGUCAUUAUUUUAUCGACAUCGCUAACGACGCAAUUACGUUCUUUUAUUUUAAAAAUGGAUUUAGAAUGAAAGUAUUAGUUAUUAAAAAGAUAAACCAAAAAUGUCAGCGGAGUCACCGCGGCAUCUCCGUUCUGGCGGGCCACUCACCGUGCCAGCGCAGCCACCGAGCGAUCGCAGCAUCAUAGACGCAGUCUCUGGCUUCAUCAAUGAUGUUACCCUGUCAUCAUCAUCCAAUGUCGAUCCAAAGGAUGUGAUUCAGUGGGCUCGGUUUGAAACAGCUGACAUAAACGAGCCAACACCUGAAGGCGAUGACAAUGACGUACCCCCUCUGUUGCUGAUUUUGGGUUAUGGUUCUGGAGUCCAGGUGUGGCUUAUCCCACCUCAUGGUGAGGCUCAGGAGGUGUUGUCAUGGCGACAAGGCACAGUCAGGGUGCUGCGAAUACUGCCCACUCCUCAGUACAAUGACUGUUUUGCUUCAAAGAGACCACUCAUAGCCCUGUGUGAUUCAGCCAGCCCGGGACCUGCUUUCUGUUCACUUAGUUUUCUGUCAAUACGGGGAGGAGAACAGGUGAAAAGCAUAAAAUUCAAGAACCCAAUUUUGGAUGUGCUAGCCAACAAGCGUUCAGUGGUGGUGUCGUUCUCGGAGCGAUUCGCAGUGUUUGACGCGGCCACAUUAGAGGACAGGCUUGCUGUUACGACAUGUUACCCAUGUCCGUGUCCCUUGGGCGGAGCUUCACCCAUCAACCCGCUUGCUCUGGGAGACAGGUGGCUUGCGUAUGCCGACAAGAAGUUGAAUCCAUCCAAACGCAGCAGUGGAGGUUGUGAAAGUGAGGGUGUUACCAGCUAUACUGCGACGGUAUUGCAUGCCGCCAAGUCGCUGAGCAAGGGUCUGCGUGGGCUCGGCGAGAGCGUGGCGCAUAGCUUGGCCGGUGGCCGCACCUCGUCUCAGUCUCCGUCACCACCGCACUCCGACCUGCAGCAGCCCGGGGUCGUCACCGUGCUGGACAUAGAGAGUAACGAGGAUGAAGACAGCCAAGAUUGCGAAGAGCCGUGCGACCCGAUUGUGGCGCACUUCAUAGCGCACUCGGAGGCCGUGACCGCCCUGAAGUUCGACCCGAGCGGCAUGUUGCUGGUGACGGCUGACAGACGCGGCCACGACUUCCACGUGUUCCGCAUCAACCCGCACCCCUGCGGCCCCAACCUGGCUUCAGUGCACCAUCUCUACAUCUUGCACAGAGGCGACACUACGGCUAAAGUGCAGGACAUAGCGAUAUCUGGUGACUCCCGGUGGACGGCGAUAUCGACCCUGCGCGGCACAACGCACGUGUUCGCCAUCAGCCCGUACGGCGGCGCGUGCGGCGUGCGUACUCACACACUUCCGCGUGUCGUGAACCGUCUGUCGCGCUUCCAUCGCUCGGCCGGCCUGCCGAUACACUCCGCCACUGCGCACACGCCGCUGGCGGACGGCUGGCUGCCGGGCGCGUGGUUCCCCAACCCGCGGCUGCCGCCCUACCCGCUGCCCGUCACGUGUGCCGCGCUGGCGCAGCUGCGCCCGUCACACAACCUGACGCACACCAUCACCAGGACCAGCGCGGGUCGUCAGCGUCUGUCGUCGCUAUCAGAAGACAACAACGCGGCACCUCUACUCGGACGCGCGUGGUUCGGUCCCGCUCAGAGUUCUACCAGCGGCAAGGGAUGCGCCGUGCCGCUGUAUUUGAUGUCCGCCACUGGCUCGCUGCUUCAUCUACUGCUGCACCCCACGCAUAGCAGAUCGGUACCGAAAGAGAAGAUCUGCGACGAGUCUCCAAUAGAGGUGGGAGUGGAAGCAGUGUCCCAGUGGUGCCUCCAGCGCACCGCAGCCAGCAGUGAGCUGCUCGCACCUCUCCCUCCCUCCAGCCCGCUGCUGCAGCCGCUCUCCUGCCGGAGAUGUGCGGAUAUGUAUAUGAGCGAAGAGGAGCGGUGGCUGUCCCAGGUGGAGAUCGUGACCCACGCGGGGCCCCACCGGCGACUGUGGAUGGGGCCACAGUUUGUCUUCAAGACAUAUAAUUGUACAGGGUCGAACUCGUCACUUUCUGAAGCAGAGACGGUGGAGGUGGAGACGACGGCGGUGGCCGCUGGUGGAGGAGGUGGCUCCCGCACCGCCACCUCCAAGCCAGUCAACAUGCCCGGCGUGCGGCCAAUCGUGCCCGUGCUCAUCGAUUCAGGAUCUGCCAGUUCCCUGGAACACUCACCGUCAGACAGUUUGCGCCGCAAGUCGCUGCUGUCGGAGGGCCGUGCGACGUCAGUUUGCGACGUGCAGCUGCGGGAGGACCUUGCUGAGGCCAUGAAGGAGGAUCAUGGGCUGGCGUGGGAGGAGCGAUUGGAGGUGCGAGAUGUGCGUCGCAGCCCUGGCAUAGUGCGUGCGGUCGACCCCAUCGGCACAGUGGUCGCGCCGCCAGUCACCGAAGAGCCGCAACAUUACGACCCUGAUGCGUACACGCGCUCCAACGACGAUGAAGCUAAAUUUCGCCCGGUGGUUCGCGCCCCCGCUGCUCCUCUUCCCCCAGAUAUCCUCAUCCGUCCUCUUCCUGUCACCACAACAAUACCCGUUCAAAACAUCUCACCUUUGGAGAUGUCUCCGGAUGAUGAGCCCCUUCCGCUUAAGACAGAUGUCGUCAUCCCUGCAGAAUUAACUAGGGUACGCUCGUGGUUGCCCAAUAUGGAAACUGAAAUCGCUGAACCUAAAAUGUUUGGAGUAUCAGUUAGUGAGGAACGUCAAAGAGAAGUAGCCAAUGUAGUUUGUUUAGAUAGAAAAAAUUUAGAGAAUAAGAUGACAAAUAAAGAUCUCGAAUGUACGAAAGUUAGACAGAAUUUUAGUGUGAAAGAGAAGAGUGAAAGGACUUUAACGCAAGUUGAGGUAAAGAGCGAUAACGUAAACAUAUCACUGCCAAAAUGUAAUCGGACGUCGGAUGACAUUCAGCCGAUGCCUCAAACUAGGGUUAAGAAAAAUCCCACCAAUAAAAAUUGCAAUGAUAAACUCGAAAUAUGUGAUAAUAUUAAAGAUAAGAAAUCGACAGAAAGUGAUUUGAAAAAAUCUGAAGGUACACACUUGCUUAGAGAAGACCCAGUAAAUUUGACUAAAGUUGAUGAUAUUUGUCGGAAAAAUACUUCAAAAUCUAGUCAAAAAUCUUCACCUAAAACUCUAGAAACAAGCGAAUCUCCUUUAGAUAAAGACAGUAUUGAUAAUACAAACUUAUCACUAAAUCAAGAAGUAACUUUUAAAAAUAUUAACAAAAAACUCAAUAACGAUAUCAGAACCGAAGAACAGGCAUGGGACAUGCUUCUGUCUGAACCACCUGCACUUAAACCAGUAGUUGUAACAAAAAAUGAGCCGAUUCUGUUUGCUACGCUUGACAAAGUUGAGGAUGUCAAACCGAAAUCACGAAAGAACAGAAAAAUUAAAAAGAAUCAAGAUGAACUUCAAUCAAAGGAAGAUGAUGACAGUUUUAUUGAAAUACACGCAAUCGAAGAAAAGUCUCAGCCAUCAAGCGGAGAAUUAGUGUCCAUUUCGACAACGUUUGAAAAAUUUGAUCAAACUACAUCUUUUUCGUCUAAAAUAAAAAGUCUUCAGUCUUCAAAACGCUGUACACCAGAUCGUACUUCCGACGAUAGUUCAUCGAAUACACUUGAAACACAGUAUAUCGAUAGAGAAGACCCAAAGUCUUCUUCUCCGCGACUUAUUGAUGUUAAACUAUUUCAAGAUAAAACAAAGACCUCGUCCGUGGUAGAUCCUUUUAUUGAAACUUUUGAUACUACGCUUACUGUAAAAGAAAAACAUACUGGAUGUAAGAGUAAAUCCCCUUCACCUAAUUUUGAAAGACGAAAAUCCACAGAUAGAUUACAAGACAAAGAGGUUUUUGUUAUUAAUUCAACUGAAGAAGAUUAUCCUGAAAUACAGAUAACAAAAGCAAACAAGUUUCGUAAAAAGUCUCCACAAAUCGUUGACAAAAGAAACAAAGAUGAUAGUAAUUCAAUUUCAGCCAAAUCAUGGAGUUCUAUAGCUGCUUCCAAUACAAAGAAAUCUGUUGAACAUGUAGAUGAAAUGUCAGUGAUCGAUGACGUUACUCCUGACGAUGAACAGAAAAACGAUGUUACAAGCGGCUCUCGCGUUUCACUACAAGAAAAAUUAUUUGAACUCUGCAAACGGACUGAUAUAAUGGUGGCUGAAUGCGAUGCUCCCUCAGAACUUAAUUUUGUGGAAGAACAUCACUCUGCACCGGACGAGCUACCGCCACUUGAACCUUUAGAUUUCGCCCUAGAUGACUUUAAACUCGAGGUGAUGAAGGACAGCCUCAUCGACGUCAACGAAACCAAAUUAAACAGUCCCAUAUGCAAAAUUAAUAUUGACGAAAUCUUAUCAUCAAUGAAUUCGAAGAAGUCCAGUGAAACGGCUUGCUUUAGUUUAAUCGAUGUCCACAAUACCCCAGCAAGGAAAGAAAAGGGAUUUAGCGUGGUCGAGACGGAGAAAAUUACAUCGGAAGAUAUAAGAAUUGAUGAUGAAAUGAAAGACAAAUGUUCUGAUGUAAUGGAUAAGUCUUCGGACGAUGAUGGUACGUCGCCAGUAGUGUCUACAGAUAGUGAUAAAGAUGAAAGAAAGAAUAUGGGUGCUUCUAGCGUUCCAUUGCCAUCACCAAAGCAAACUAAACCUAAAAAAUCACGAAGGAAAAGAAAGUAAUUAUAAUCAUUGUGUUCUGUUCAAAUUUUGAGCCUUUCUAGUAACAUAUAAGUGAAGUGUACCUUUUACUUAAUUUAGGUAACCUUAAUCCCAUCCUUUAAAAAUAAAAAAAAAACAGCUUCAAUAUGUAGUUAAAUCAUAAUAAUUACCUUUUAGUCGUAGUAGUAAGAAAUUAUAUCGAUUAUAAAUAUAAAAUAAAAAAUAUAAAAAACAGAAAAGCCUAAAAACACAAGUUAGUUUCUUCUUUUCCUAAUCUAAUAUUAAUUACUUUUUUUGAAACGAACUAAACAAGAAAAAGCAGAGAAAUAAGUUAUACACUGUAAUGGUGAUACAACUGGAAAAUUAAUGAAAAUUAUUUAAAUAAAUAAUAAUUACCUAAUCUUAUUUAUGUAAAAAAUAAAACUAUUGUAAAAAGUAAAACCAAAAAAUUUUUUUAAUACAUUUUAUUUUUAUUACAUCAAAAUGUUUUCUCAUUCUUGUUUACGUAUUAUUAAUAAUUAUGUAGUGGUAUAAUUUUUAAAUGAACUUAGAUGUAUAAAAAACAAUUAAUGCACACCUUUUUUGGAAAGCCAACAAGAAUUCUUGGUUCAGUGUAUGCCAAUUCUUGUGUCUAUUGGCUCGCAAAUAAUCGCUGUCAACAGCUGUAAUCUUGCCGGUACCGACCGCAUAUAAAUUAACAACAAUAAAUCAGGAAGGUAUUUAUGGUUGCGAUUUAUGCAGCAUUACAUUAUUAUUCUUUUAAUCUUUUUCCAAUAAUAUUUCAGAUUCAAAUUAUUCAUCGUAUUGCAAUAAAUUUAAAAGAAAUGUUAAUCAUAUUUUAAUUUCGUUACGAGCUUCAUGCUUAUACUAUACUGCUUAAAUAAACGUUUGCUUGGUACGAUUGAAGUUAGAGUGCAGCCUUCUCACUGUCUAUCUGUAGUAAUGUUUUAGAAAAAAUAUUUAUCACACUAUAAUUUAUUCAUAUGAUAGGUUCCAGGUUACGAUGCAAGAAUGCAACUCUGUGUGUAAGGUUGUCUUACCGAUGUCUAGUUAUCAAUAUUUGUUAAGAUAACAAUAAUUCAUCUAAGAUAGUUUGGAUAAUCGUAGUCAGGGCCAGUACGAAUAAGGUAUAAAUUGGUUGCUUAUGUUUAAUUCGUCCGUUUUUAUUCAUAUAUAUAUUGUGUUACACAUAUAUUUAUUUCGGCAAAUUAUGACGAUUUAUGUAUUUUUAAUUGCUCAUCUUACAACUUGUGUAGUGCAUAAAACGAAGCCAACGUUAUGUGUCUUUCAAUACUUUCAGGCUUUUAUAGGAUUAUGAAAAAAGUGGCUGUUUUUUUCUGUAUGAACAACAUAGCAAAAUUACAUUAUUUGUUAUUUUUACACAAAAAAAAGAAGUUCUCUAUCUACGCAACAUUGAAAACUGUGUAUACAUUAUAUUAUAUUUUUUUUCUAUUUAGUUUAUAUUGUAAUCAAUGUUAUUUAUUGAUAUCACCGUAUUCAUUUCGGGGCAUACACUGUACAUUAUGUAUUUAUUGUAAUCAUGGAAUUAUUUUAUCAUUCUGUUUUGAUGAUUAUUACAUAUUUUGUUUUUAUUUAUGUGCUGUUAUUGAUAUCAUGCAAUAAUACCUCAGUAUUAUAGUAUUUUGUUGAUGCAUAAUAUGACAUAGUCGUUGGUAUUAAAUACCUUAGUUUAUUUAAGUAACAUUUAUGAUCAAUUUAGACAAAAUUAUAGUAGCAAUGAUUUAAAUCUAGCGCCGGCAAUACCUCCUUUACACAAAUGUAGCUGUUAUGACACUUGAGCAAUAAAAUUGUUUAUUUCAGACGUACUUACGAUGAUAGUUUAAUAUUGUUUUAGUAAUUUUUGAUAAAAUUUACUCGAUUUGUUAAUUUUGUAACAAAAAUGAAAUCUUGUGUUAUUGAAAAGACGCCGCGUGCACCUUAACUUGAAACUCGUGUGGGAUGGCGUUCCCAUCUUAAUGCACCUACCUUCACCGUAUAAAGCCUGUAUUUAAAUGCUUACAAUUUAGUAACAAUAUUUCCGUUAGUGUUGUUUAACAUAGCUCCGGCUUUUAAAAUUAGUUGAUAAAAUUAGCUUCGUAACGACGGACGCUUGUAUGAAUUUCCAUGAGAUACUAAUAUUAAGGGAAGUAAUUAAUAUAUAUAACAUCAAUGAAUAUAUAAUAUAACAUCAUUACUACCAACCUAUUACCGAUUUCUUCAAGCAAUCUUAUUUUUUUUAUGCACACUGUACAUGAAUACUACUUUGAUAUUACUGAAAUCCCAGGUUGCUGUGUACGAGUUUUACGUAUACGGUUGAAUUAUAACUAGCAUAUAUUUUUAUUUCAGGAUAGUACGUAUUGAAAUUGUUAGUUACGGAGUUUCAAAUGUGUUGGCUGUUUUUAAUUUAAAAGUGCUGUUUUCUGUACCUGCGGUGUAACGUAAUUUUUUUACUUAUUUAUUUUUGUUAGUGUAACAACACAUAUUAGUUCAAAUUUUGAUGCUUUUUGAGCAAUAUAUUAUUUACCAUGCUAUAGAGGAGACCCGUAAUUGAUAAAGUCUUUCUAUGUAGGUUGUUAAGAAAUUUCGUUAGUUAUUAAGGCGUACCAGAGAUUAUAUACUUCUUUAUCACUCUGAAUGUAGUCAUCAUCGGCACAUUUAAAAAAAAUCGUAACAGAUAAACGGUACAAAAAAUUGCGUCUGUAUAUCUGUCGAGAAGCAGAGAGGACAUAAAAUAUUCCUUCUUUCCUCCCGCGUGCGAGCGAGACGAAAAGACAAUUGUACGCAAGCAACAGGGUCAGAUAUUAAUAGGUCAAUGUACGAUAUUGUCGAUGCUCUGCGACCGAAUAUUAGAUUUUAGGCUGCUAUUUUCCCUUUAACAUGCACUAAAUAUGUAAAGAUGUUGCCAAAAGCACAGGCACAAUUAUAACAUUUAAAUAUGUACUGUAUGAACGUAAACCUCAAUAACAUUGUUAAUCGUGUAAGCUAGGUAAAAUAGAAUUGAUGUAUUAUGUUUAAAGAAGGUUGAUUCUCGUUAAAAAACCAAAGGUUUAUAUUAUUCACUUAUACACAUUAGAACGAACACACUGAAUAUUAUUGUCUAUUAGAUCGAACGCUUAUGAGAGUUUUUCCGAGAAUUAACCGUUUUGGAAUUAGUCAGAGUGGACAUGACAUAAUAAUACCAGAAAUAAAAAAAAGGAACGAAAAAUAAUUUCAAAUCAGAGUAUACAGUAAUUCUUUUUAUCUCCUUUUCCGAAUUUGAGCGCCUCAAGUGGACCUAUACCAUAUUAUUAGUCGAGUAGUAUGACAGUUUCUGGCAAAUUCACUUAUGUGCCUAUGUACAUACAUUAUCAAGAAUAUAAUAUAAGAAUAACAUAAAAAUAGUUGCAACUCUGUCUGCUUGCUUAAGAUAUAAGAUUUAAUUUGUUUGCCCUUUGCAAAAUAUAACGUCACCAACUGUGACAAGGACGGGGGAGGGGUCAAAAAAAAUAUGAAAUUCGUGUGAGGUAAUUUAUGGAUUACUAAUAAUAAUAUUAAUUAUUAAGCCCUAUUAAAAAUAAUAAUAAUGGAAAAUUCUUGUGAAAUAUGUCAUGCCCAUUCUGUGCACAAUAGAAACCAGCAGCUAUUAUUAAAUGUUGAUGUGUGUCGAAAAAUUGGCGCGUGUAUAGUGUUAUUAAUAAAUAUUUGGCUAUUAUUGAGAGAGUGUGUUAAAAUUUUGAAAUUCAAUAAAUGAAAAAUCAAAAACGA